AUGGCAGGAACCAGUCUGGGGGCUCGACUCUACAGACAGAUCAAGAGACAUCCAGGGCUCAUCCCGAUGAUUGGCUUCAUUGGACUGGGCAUGGGCAGUGCUGCUCUUUACCUGCUGCGUCUCGCCUUGCGCAGCCCAGAUGUCUGCUGGGACCGAAAGAACAACCCAGAGCCCUGGAACCGCCUGAGCCCCAAUGACCAAUACAAGUUCCUCGCAGUUUCAACAGACUAUAAGAAACUGAAGAAGGAUCGGCCAGAUUUCUAA